GAUGUUGUCAUAUUGAAGGCUCCGGUUGGUAUAGAGCACGCUAUGCUGCAGAUGAUGCUGUAAUGAAUACAAAUCGAUGAUUAAAAGGAAUUUCUAUUUUAACCCUCACAUCAUCCCAACCAGCACGACAGUGAUCGAAUGGUGAAUUUCCACAGGCCAGUUGGUUAGCCUAUCCGAUGUGGUGUUGCGCCAGUGCAAUUUUCCGUUGACUGUGCAACUUUUCAUUGCCUGUGAACGACUUCAACGACAUGGAUGAAGUAUCUUUGACAUCAGUGGGCGAUGUGCGUGAAAAAUGGCUAAUUUGAAUAGAGUAGGAACCGCAUUAUUCCGAAUUGCGAACAGUUUUUUUGACAGCUAUAAAUCUGGGCCAAAACGAAAUAAAUACCAAAAUUGCUGGAUGAUAAGAGAUGUGAAAAGAAGGCAGUGUGUAAAGGAACAUGCAGUUGAAAGGCUUAGGAUAAACUCCUUGCGAAAGAAUGAUAUACUUCCAGUUGAAAUUAGGGAAAUUGCAGACAAAGAAAUUGCAGCAUUUCCACGAGACUCUAGUAAAGUUCGGUUGGUGAAUCGGUGUGCUGUUACUUCCCGGCCACGUGGUGUCGUACAGAGAUGGCGCUUAAGCAGAAUUGUCUGGCGACAUCUUGCAGACUAUAAUAAGUUAUCUGGAGUACAGAGAGCUAUGUGGUGAAGCUUGUGUCAGUAAUUUUUGUAUAUAGUGUACUGUUGUUAGUGUGAUACAUUAUGAUAAAAAUUCAAUAAAUGAGAAUGUUUUUUCCCAAA